AUGGCCGGCGACGCUCCCCGAAAGAUCAGUCUCAACCGCAUAGCACACGCGUACUAUAAGUACGCGGAUAUCGACAAGGCCGUCAAGUUUCUGGCCGAUUUUGGCUUCACCGAGGAGAAAAAGGUCGGUGACAAGAUCUACUUCCGCGGCUACGGAACCGAGCCUUGGGUCAUCUGUGCAAUCAAGGCCGACAAGAAUGAGUUCGGUGGCAUCGGCUACGUCGUGGACUCCGAGGAGGACCUGCAGUACGCCUCCGAGAUCUUACCCAAGGCUACCAAGGUACACGUACUAGAGGAUGCGCCAGGGAAGGGCAAAUGUGUGACCUUCGCGGAUCCCGUGGAUGGGUUUCCGUUCCACCUUGUUUACGGGCAGGAGACGACGGAUAUGCUCGAUAUUCCGCUGCCACAGGAGGCCUAUAACUAUCCCACGGAAAAGAACCGAGGAGUGAAUCAGUUCCAGCGCUUCCAGAAACGGCCAGCACCCGUCCAUAAGCUUGGGCACUGGGGCCACUGCACCACGAACUUCGCCAAGGCAUACGAGUUCUACACAUCUCACUUUAAUUUACUUCCCAGUGACGUUGUCCACGACGAAGCAGGCGUCGACAUGACAGCCUUCUUCCGUCUUAACCGUGGCAAGGAGCAGGUUGACCACCACUGCUUUUUCUUCUACCAGGGCCCGAAGUUCCACGUGCACCACUCGUCGUACGAGACGCACGAUUUUGACACCCAAGUGCUCGGCCACGACUGGCUGCGAGAGCAGGGCUACAAGAACUGUUGGGGCGUGGGCAGGCACGUUAUGGGUAGUCAGAUCUUCGAUUAUUGGUUUGACCCCGCUGGGUUUAUCAUGGAGCACUAUGUUGAUGGCGAUCUUGUUGACGACACAGAGCCGACACAUCGUUCCAAGGCAUCGCCUGACAGCCUGCACGUCUGGGGACCUGACGUCCCCAGUGACUUCCUAGUUUAG